GAGACUUGGGGCUCCCAGGACUAAAAACCACUAGAGAUCCAUGCCACAGAAUGUGGUUGGUGAAACAUUUCUCCGCCGCUUUGCCCAAUAGCAUAAGCGCAGACGGAAUACCGCAUUUAUUUAAGAGCGAAUUCCAAUCCAUUUCUUCUCGAAUUGUGGAAAAUGGAGCAAAUCAAGCACAAGUUCAUCGCGGUCAACGGCCUGAAGCUUCACGUUGCAGAAAUCGGGAGCCAAGCAUCGCCGGCGGUGGUUUUCCUGCACGGUUUCCCGGAGAUAUGGUACUCGUGGCGCUACCAGAUGGUCGCCGUAGCUAAGGCUGGCUUGAGAGCUAUAGCACUCGAUUACAGAGGCUACGGACUUUCCGAUCCUCCUCCGGUGCCAGAAGACGCCAAAUACUUGGACAUAGUCUCCGAUGUGGUCGCACUGCUUGACGCCCUCUCCGUCUCCAAGGCGUUUUUCAUAGGUAAGGAUUUUGGAAUUCGGCCUGCAUACUUGAUACCUCUUCUCUACCCUGAGAGAGUCUAUGGAGUGGUUACACUGGGUGUACCCUAUUUGCCUCCAACUCCUUCCACAUCGUUCCUAGAUGGUCUUCCUGAAGGUUUCUACAUCGCAAGAUGGCAGAAACCUGGUAGAGCCGAGGCUGACUUCGGCCGCUUCGACAACAAAACUGUAGUUCGAAACAUCUACAUACUUUUCUCGAGCUCUGAAAUACCAAUUGCAGCUGAGAACCAGGAGAUUAUGGACUUGGUUGAUUCAUCUACUCCCCUACCAAGUUGGUUCACUGAGGAAGACCUUGCAGCCUAUGGUUCCCUGUACGAAAAAUCUGGAUUCCGUACUGCUUUGAAAGUUCCAUACCGGUCGCUGACCGAAGAGUUUAACUUGACAAAUUUCAAUGUGGAUGCUCCGGCCCUGUUCAUCAUGGGGGAGAAGGAUUACUUCCUCAAGUUUCCAAGAAUGGAAGAGUACAUAAAGAAUGAACAGGCUAAGGCUUUUGUUCCGAAGCUUAAGACAGUUUACAUACCGGAUGGAACUCAUUUCGUGCAGGAGCAGUUCCCUGAUCAAGUGAAUAAGCUCAUCGUCGACUUUCUCAGAGAGAAUAUGGUUAAGAAAUAAUCUCUCUCAAGUAAGCCCAUAUUUAAGUUUCAAGUACUGAACUUCUUCCGGGUUCGCUCUAAUUUCGAGAGUCCUAUGUGUUGCUCUGUCUUGAGUAAAUGAAUAAAAAAGUGUGAUCUCAAUUUCUGAA